AUGGAUCCACACGACGCCACUCCAAGCACUCCGCAAAACAAAUCCAAACGCAAGAAGGCACCCGGCGCAGCGACGAUCGGUAUCGAUGCCGCCAAGAAAACAAACUUCUCGAGCUGGUACCAGCAGGUUCUGCUCAGGGGUGAGAUGAUCGACUACUAUGACGUUUCCGGCUGCUAUGUCCUCCGGCCUGGAUCUUGGGAAAUCUGGGAGAUUCUGCAGGAGUGGUUCAACGCUGAGAUUAAGAAACGCGGCGUACGGAACUGCAGCUUUCCCAUGUUUGUGACGGAGGAUGCCCUGAACAAGGAGCAGGAUCACAUCGAUGGGUUCUCGGCUGAGGUCGCCUGGGUCACACAAUCUGGCAGUACCAAACUCGAGAAGAAAGUCGCUGUCCGACCGACCUCGGAGACAAUCAUGUACCCAGCGCUUUCGAACUGGAUUCGCAGCUACCGAGACCUCCCCUUGCGACUGAAUCAGUGGAACUCCGUCGUUCGCUGGGAGUUCAAAAGCCCCCAACCCUUUCUACGAUCUCGGGAGUUCAACUGGCAAGAGGGCCAUACGGCACAUCUCACCAAAGCCGACGCCGACACGGAGGUCAGAGACAUCUUGGGCCUAUACACUCAGAUCUACCGGGAUUUCCUAGCUCUUCCCGUGGUUCCUGGUCAGAAGACUGAGAGGGAGAAGUUCGCAGGUGGCCUGUACACGACGACCGUGGAGGCGUAUAUCCCGACCACCGGGCGUGCCAUCCAGGGUGCAACCUCUCAUUGCCUCGGUCAGAACUUCAGCAGAAUGUUCGAUAUUUCUUUCGAAGAUCCGAGCGCCCUCGCGGAGGACGGUACGGCGAGAAGAGCCUAUGUCUGGCAGAACUCUUGGGCGUACUCGUCACGGGUCCUUGGUGUUAUGGUCAUGGUUCACGGCGAUAAUCAAGGGCUGGUGCUGCCACCGAAGGUGGCGCCCACGCAGGUGAUCAUUGUUCCGGUCGGAAUAUCGGCUCAGACGUCAGUCGAAGCCCGCGAGAGAAUUCUAGAUGCUACCGCCUCCGUUGAGAACGCUUUAGAGCAAGCUGGCAUCCGCGCCCAAUCCGACACCCGAGACGAACAUUCUCCUGGUUGGAAGUUCAACCACUGGGAGGUUAAGGGAGUUCCACUACGGUUGGAAAUUGGAUCGAGGGAGUUGGACAAGGACGUCGUAUCUACUAGUCGCCGAGAUGACUCAAGUAAGGGGCAACUCUCCCUGUCUAAGAUCUCAACCGAGGUCCCUACUCUCCUAGACACCAUACAGUCAGACAUGUACAACCGUGCCUUGGACACAUUCCGUCGGAAGUUGAAGAUCGUUACCUCGUGGAACGAGUUCACCCCGGCCUUGAAUGAUCUCAAUGUAUGCUUGAUUCCAUUCUGUCUGGAUGAGGGGUGUGAGGAUUCGAUCAAGGCAAUGAGUGAGCGGGCGGCCAAUGUCGGUGGACAGGAACAGGAUGCCACUGCCCCGAGCAUGGGCGCGAAGAGCCUGUGUAUCCCCUUUGCACAACCAUCGGAGCUGGAGAAUACGGACACAAUUUGCUUGAGGGAGGAAUGCACACGCAAGGCCCAGAAAUGGUGCUUGUUUGGAAGAUCAUACUAG